AUGACUUCCAGGAACACCAACACCAAGAGGAACCCCAACCCUCGCAACAACAACAAAACGGGCGUCUCUUCCAAUUCGACCCCUGCUGCUCCCCGCUCCGCCCCCACCGCUUCGGCCAUAAACCCUCUCACUCUCACCUCUCCUGUUCCUGUUUCCACCACCUAUGAUAACCCCCGCAGCCACAAGGAUCUGGUCGAUCAGGACGACGGUGAAUUCGCCGGGAUCCUGUACGACACAAUCCUCUAUGAGCGCGCCGUCCACCGUCUCGAGACCCUCAAAAAGUACGAUUUCCCCGUCCAGUACGAAGAACUCGCCCAUGACUUCUUGAUCGCCUACCGGCUUUGUCUCGAACCAAAGUUCCUGGCUGAACCCAAACUGGCUCCCUACGCGACCUAUCUCCUCAAAUCCAAGCUUCUCACCGGGAAGGGCGUCCGUGCCUAUGCGAAGGACCAUGGCGGGACCUAUGAGAUCUUCCCUUCGCUCGAUCAACUUUUUGACGACUUUGGAGAUGAAGUUGAAGAGAUUGACGAGGACGAUUUGAGUGAUUAUGAUGAGGUCGAUCAUGGGUUUAAACAAAAGCAGAAAAAUGUCGGGUACCAAGGUCCAAAGCUGAGUGGACGCCAGGGGUCGCAGAGUCAUCAGGAUAUGUUUGCAAGGGACUAUUUUGCAGUCCAUAAACAUUCACAAGACAUGAUUGCGAUGAUUGUUGCGCACCUCCGGAAGCGUGUCUGGUACCAUAAUGGGUCUGGAGGCGAAAUUGUCGAUAUUCGGAACAUGGGCGUCGACAAGGUCCCACGUCGUCGGACCGAUGACUCUGCUCCCAGUGCUGAGAUUGAAGGUGGUGGUAUAGAAGUAAACGCCGGGUUGAAGGGCAUCAAGGGCGUCAAAAAGUACACGCGUCGGUUCAAUGGUCGGAUUCGUCGACGGAACUAUGAGCGCAACCUGGAGCGGGAGCGGGACAACGUCGCCGGGGGCGCUACGACUUUCUUUGGGAUGUACGGAAACGACGCCGAACCUCCUACCGACUAUUCUGAAUCCGAAUCCGAAUCGUCGUUUGGUGGUGGCGCUGGUGGAAUGAAAGGAGUGGGCAGUGGGCAGAACGCCGAAGAUAUGAAGCGGAUCGAGGAAGCGAUAGCGAGGAUGGUUUCGAUGUCUCUGGUGGACUAUACUGGUAGUGCCAAGCGCAAGGUCCAAUGGUUACCCUUGGGUCGGUCCGAGGCCCUGUAUGAUUGGAACGGUGUGAGCAAGGAGCUGAGGCUGAUUGACUUGCCUGCCGAGGAUGCCGACCCGUCAUUUUAUGGAUGUCUCACCCGCGACAUUAUGAACAAGUACAAGAGCCUGGUGCCACCGCCAGAUCUCAUGGAACGCCACGCGCAACUGACGAGCACUCUGACCAAGCUCAUAUCAGAUGCCUUCCCUGAUGAAGACCUGAAGGUCGAACCCUUUGGCGACGCCGACUUUUGCAUCACUGGCGCCAAGGUCCACGACCACGACCACUCCCUGAACGACAUGAACCAUAUCGGUCACAUCCUCAAGACCAAGGGUCACAUGGAACAAGUCCUAUGUAUCUCCGAUGCCUUGGUCCCCAUUGUCAAGUUCUACGACCCUGUCUCCCGCUUAGAAUGCGAUCUCAACACCGGCAACACUCUGGGAGUCAUCAACUCGGGAUUGAUCCGGAUCUACACCACCAUCGACGAACGUGUCAAGCCCUUCCUGUACAUGGUCAAAGCCAUCUGCAAAGCCCAAGGGAUCAACGACGCCAAAUCUGGAUACCUGAGUUCCUAUGCCCUCACCUGGAUGGGAAUUGUGUUCCUGCAGCAGGAAGGGUACCUCAAGUCGACGGGGACGUCCUUCAAACCCGUCCUGCCACGUCUCCAACAGCAACCCUUCGAACGGAUGACAGAAGUAACCCUCCGACUGAACCACAACCUCCCCAACAGUCAAACCAUCACCUCCACACCCAGCCUCGUCAACUCCAAGAGCAGCGACAUGGUCCACUGCCGCUUCGACACCAACAAGGAUGGUCGUCACACGGGUACGGGCCACGCAAACCCCAAAUCCCUCGCGCGGUUGUUGAUUGAGUUUUUCGAGUUUUUCUCUAGACGGUUCUUUUAUGCGGAGAUGGCGAUUCAUGUGGCCAGGGCACAGUUCUUGCCAAAGACGAGUAAGGAGUUGCACUAUGAGAGCGACCUCGAGGGAGCCAUGACUAUUGUCGAGUAG